GCAUCAUCACAACUCCCAGUGCUCUCAGAACCCCAGGGCUUGUUCAAUCGACUUGUCCCUGGCUAGACUGCUUGUUACCCCUUAAGCCAGCGCCAUUUUGAUGUGCGCUGUCACCAAGUUAUGGCUCUACAUGGUGUGUUUGCAAAUGACCUCCAAUUCGGCAAAGGAGUCAAUUCUGAUCAAGCUCAAGAUGAUGAAAGGGAAAAUGCAAAUUUAGAUGACGCAGACGAUGCAGAUUUAGAAGAGGGUGAAAUCGCAUCUGAUGACGAUAAUGAAGAAAUUCAACAUGGAGAUCAAACGCAAGAAGAAAAAACGGGGGUUAAGCCUACAGUACUUCAAGGUGACACGGCUAAACAGGAUCUAAAAACACAAACUGGCAAUCAGUCUGAGAAAUCGGAUUCGCUCAACGUCAGAAGUGCUGCGGUUAACGUUGACAAACGGCGAGAUAAACGAGUGACGUCCAACAGUAAUAACAGCCGGACGCGCAAACGAGCAGGAGAUGAUGACCUGACUAGUCAUCGCGAUUCAAAUCGCAAACGACGGCGAACCCAGGACGGAGAUAAUGAAGACCUUGAUGACAUGGACUAUGAACUAAAUGCACGUGGGCAUUCGCCAAUGGAUCGAAUGCAGCGAUAUGGUGGCGGCGAGUCGGCUGGAAGCGACUAUGACGAAAGUAACUUCAGCUCGUUACGUCGGCAGCGUGGGGGUGAAUCAAGAGCUCGAUCUGGACGUAGCCCUCCAAGACGGAGGCCUGCAAGUGGCAGCGGUCGAGACCGUGGAGGUGGUGAUCGGAGACGGCAGGAUCGCGAUCGGUCCGACCGUGAUCGGAGGUCAGCCAAGAACAACCCUUCACCUAACACGCAGUCCAACAAAUCGAAAGAGGAUCCAAUUUGUGCAUUUUACAUGGAGGGUAAAUGCUCUAGAGGUAACGAUUGUCCUUACUCCCAUGCCGCUCUUCCGCCACGCAAAAUGGAACUGUGUAAGUUUUACCUAAUGGAUUGCUGUGCCAAAAAGGAAAAGUGUCUUUAUCUCCAUAAAGACUUCCCAUGCAAGUUUUUUCAUACAGGGAAAAAGUGUCGACAUAAUUCUGACGAAUGCAAGUUUAGUCACGAACCACUCACGGAAACCAUGCGAGCCAUUUUAAUCAAGCACAUUGAAACAGCACCACGGGAAAUUCUUGGAGACUUUCCGAGACUCACUCGUGAAGAAACAAUUCAGGCCAUUGACCAUUUCUCGCCUGUUCCCAAUGGGCGAGAAAAACGACCGCAUAUUCCAGCACUGUUCGAUCAGGCUAGCAGCACCUCCAGUGGAAAUGCGACAAAUAAAACAGAAAUGGUCAAAGAUGGUGGCAGACAUCAUCAAACACAGCUUGCAGAUAGAAAUGAUGAACCUGCCCGACGCGUAGCAUUUUAUCAGGAGUCAUCCACGUCCGAGACGGACCAUGGCCGUGUAGAACAGCCGGAGGAAAACAGCCGAAGCAUUUGGUUUGGCCAAUUACGACAAGAGAAGACGAACGACCCCAGCCAUUCUCAUGAAUCAGUUGACGAGCCUCCGAAACAAAAGGUGGAAGAAGAACACCCUACAAUUCGUUCUCCUCUUGUGGGAAUAAAAGAAGAAGAAGAAGGAAAUGUUGAUUACUUAUCUACGCUUCCAGCAAGGCAGCGAGAGCUUUACCGUCGUAUCCAACAGCAGCAGCGUGAACCAGCUUCCAUCCAAGAAGGACUAGACGCCGGGAACGAGCAAAACACCGCCAACGAUAAAUGGUACUCGAGCGACGAAGAGGAAACGGGCGAAUCCAUUACCAACCUUUUGAGGACUAUCAAACAAAAACCUGACGCACAUGGUGGCAAAGAUAGCUCAGUUCCGGCUCUUACAAAUUUGAACUUGACGUCGUUGGAAAACAUCAACGUGGCUGAAAUCGCUAAAGCGCUAUCGACUUUGCAACAGAGCCAACCUGCAUCGGGCGAGUAUAGUUGCAGCUCAUCUGGUGCAGAAACCAGUAGGAGAGAUCCUCGUACGCGUGACCCGCGAAUGCGAAAUAAUAACAGCAGUCAAAUGCCUUCUGGUAGCGGUGGCAUGGGUGACGUUGACCUUCGCUUACCGACACCAUCUCGCCAGGACGUUGAUUUAAGAUUAGACAGCCGGAAAGCUACCGAUGUGGAUCUACGAACUGGCCUGGCGCCACAUAGUAACCUUGAUGACAUCCGGUCGUCAGAUAUUGAUCUCAGGCGACUACCUAUUCCUUUUAAAUCGGCACCAAUCCAGGCGCCAGUUCGCGAAAUUGAAGCUUCUAUUAAUUCGCGACCUCCUAUGGAAUAUCAAGUUUGGCUGGUUGAUCCGAACCCUCCCGAUUACAGCGCCAUACGAGUGCAUGCCAACUGGGCUCAUUUGGAUCCGCGUCAGCAAAAGGGAAGCGUGACUGCUCGUGAUUUUACCGUCACUGAUCCCCCGGCAAUACCUCUUGGACCUGCCAGCCCUGAUCCUAUUCCCGUUGCUGCAACGGUCCGACAUUUCGAACCAGAACAAGCAGUUUACAGCCCGUUACGAGCGGCUCCUAACGAUCCGCGCGCUAGAGAUCCACGCCGCGUAACAGGUCUUCAGGCACAGCAGCCCUUGUUGCUCGGGGAUAAGCGUGGAAUUUCGGGAGGCGUUGGUCUGCUUGGAGCUGCCCCACCAGGUAUGCUGCCUUUAUUACCGAAAGGAAAUCAGAUGGACCUAUCGCCGCAGGACACCCCCUGUGUUAAUUUUCGGCCUCCACCUGUAAACCCCCCAUAUAUCGACCGAAAUGUUUGCGACGAUUCAGCAAGGGAUCCACACUCACGGCAAAUGGAAAAUCGCCGGGAUCCGCGCCAGCGUGAUCCACGCCAACACAAGAACUCGCCGGCUAUUUCCGAUGACAGAUCCUAUACUCCUCCUCCAAAUGAUAGGGUCUUCCUUUGAAAUAUUAUAAUCAUGUGGAACACCGGAUUGAAUUUGUUUUUUGUCAAGUAAUUUACUGGACAUGAUAUUUUGACAUUUUGCGUACGAAUCAUGGCUCGACCAUUUCCGCUCGGAAUUUGGGUUCGUCGGAACUGUACAGCAGUGAUGGUAUACUGCGCUUGGGGACAUGUCCGACUUCCCUCACAAGUUGAUACACACACAAUCACCUCCUGUAUUAUCAGCGAUUUUGGCACUGUCUUUCAGUCCUCUAAUGGAAGACAUUAACUGGGUUUAUACUCUUUUACCUGUUAAUUACCAGCAAUUAUGCCGAUUUCUUACGUUCUUUUUCGAUGUUGAUAACAUGUAUUGGAUCCAAUAGAUUUAGCUAAACAAAG